AUGGCCCAACCCAGAUUGAGGGGCCUUCCUGCCCACCCUCCCGGCCCGACCUUUCUUAGUUACACUCCCAACGGCCGCAAAUUGAUCACCGUCGGCCUGAACAACGCCAUCCGCGUCUUCCACACCGGCUCCGUCGACGAGCCCACCAAUAUCGACAAUGCCCAAGACUCGAAUACCGCCGUAGCUGCCGCUAACGACUUCUUCGUCGCCGGCUCCGAGGAUGGCACUGUGUGCAAAUACUCGCUCGACACCAAUGCCCUCGACGACGUUCUGGUGCGAUGCACUCUGCCUAUUCGCGACAUCGCACUGUCCCCGGACGGCAACUGGGCAGCUGUGGCCAGCGAUGAGCUGGUCGUCAAGGUCGUCAACACCCAUGAGAUGAGCCGCGUGCUCUACCUCCGAGAACAGUCGCGGCCUGUCAAGCACGUCUCCUUCGAUAUCUCUGGAUCAUGCUUGGCCGUCUCGUGCUCCGAUGGCCAAAUCUAUGUGUAUUCCCUCAGUUCUGAAGAACCGCAAUUGAUCAAAAAGGUGGUCGGGUUGGUGAAGAGCUUGGAGACCGAUGCUGAAGUUAGCUCCAAAGUGAUUUGGCAUCCAGACGAUAUCCAGGUCAUUUCACGUAGUGACUGGGAAAAGCAGCGGGCUUUUAGGUCCGGCCAUACCGGUGACAUCACAGCUGCCGCGUGGUCGCCCAAUGGCGGUCUUCUUGCUUCGGCUGGUCUGGACCGCAAGCUUACGCUGUGGGAUACCAAGACCCAACGAAUAACCAAGACUUAUGAUGAUACCCGCGCUACAAUUCUCGCCAUGGCUUGGCAUCCCACGGAGAAUACACUGUCAUACACCAACAGCGAUGGCGAGUUAUUUAUCCACACCGACUUCGUGCCUUCAGAGCAACUCCCGAUAUUGGAGAAAGAUUUACAGCAUGCGCCUUUCAUUCAUGACCCGCUGGCGGAAACUUCUGGCAGUACUGGCAGAGCGCUUCUUAACGGCUCAAAAGGUGGCAUACCUGUCCGUCCUCCCAGAAGGGGAACUCCUGAUUCGCUCGACGAUAUACUUGGCGAAGAUGGUAUGUCUGACAAUGAGCCGUUCAUCGAGGACGAUGACGGGGCCGGAUACGCUGAAGAAAUCAAUGGAUAUGGCAAACGCACAAACAAGCAUCUGGACGAUUUGGAGGUACCAAGCGGCAAGCGUAGCAGAGGAGCUUACAGUUCCCCCCAAUGGCGCGUCCAUGUCCCAUUCCAGCCAGGAAGCACGCCGUGGCGCGGCAAUCGGCGGUAUUUAUGCCUGAACUUAACUGGAUUUGUCUGGACAGUGGACCAGGAUACGCAUCACACCGUUACAGUGGAGUUCUAUGACAGGGAAGCACAUCGCGACUUCCAUUUUACUGAUCCAUUCUUGUAUGACAAAGCUUGUUUGAACGACAACGGCACGCUGUUCUCUUGCCCUCCAAGUAAAGAUCACCCGGCUACAGUCUAUUAUCGGCCGCACGAGACUUGGACCACGCGAACAGACUGGCGGACGCAGCUGCCAGCCGGGGAGACUGUGACGGCCAUAUCCUUGAGCGAAUCGUACGUUGUUGUCACGACAUCCGCUGACUAUGUCCGCGUAUAUACGUUGUUCGGUGUCCCUUACCGUAUCUACCGCCAAAAAUCAUCACCUACUGUCACCUGCGCAAGUUGGAGGGACUAUGUAUUGACCAUUGGAAAUGGACCCGUUGGCGGCGAUGGCUCCACAAGACUGCUCUAUACCAUUGAGAACGUCAAGAGGGACGAGAUCUGCCAAAGUGAGGACAUCGUAGCACUAAGCAAAGACACAGAGCUUCAAAGCGUCUUUUUCUCGGACAGUGGGGACCCUUGCGUGUAUGAUACUUUAGGGACACUGCUAGUCCUGCAGCACUGGCGGCAACCUGGCCAGGCCCGCUGGGUCCCACUUCUGGAUACUAAGCUUCUCUCUCGUUUGGCAUCUGGACGUAAGGAAGAAACAUAUUGGCCGGUGGCUGUCGCGAAUGAUCGGUUCCACUGUAUCAUCCUCAAGGGCGGCGACAAGUACCCCUAUUUCCCACGGCCUCUGCUUUCCGAUUUCGAGUUCCAGAUUCCUGUUCACGGUACUCCCGCCAAAGGCCAGGGUAUGGAUGAGGACGAUGAAGAUGCAGGGUUUUCUGAAGGUCAGAAGCUGGAGGAAAGCUUCGUCAGGCACUCGCUACAGUUGUCGCUUCUGGAAGACAUGGUUAAUGCUACGAGGGCUACCCAUUCACAGAAGACAGAGUUGGCCAGGAAGGAGCUGGAGCUCGACAAAGCACUAUUGCAGUUGCUAGCUAUUGAAUGCCGAGAAGGUGAAGAAAAGGGAAUGAAGGCGCUUGAAAUUGUUGGCUUGAUGAGAGACCGAGGCGGAAAGAUGAUGGAUGCUGCGCAAAAGAUUGCUAGCCGAUUCGGACGGGACGUCCUUGGAGAGAAGAUUCAAGAGCUUGCUGAGAGAAGACUAGUGGGUCUUGGUGGUGAUGAUGAAGACAUGGACUGA